AUGGCUCCUAUAAAUUUCAGACUUAUUGUAUUGCAAGCUUUGCGAUUAUCCGUGCCGGUAUCGAGGAUUCGAUAUAGAAAUAAAGUUUUCUUUCGACUUGAUUUUGCGCCACGCAACAACUUAGCGACACUAGCUUUUCAGGAACUUGAAUUAAAGCGCUACCCAUCGGAAAACAAUGUCACAGACGAACCUAGAAGAUCCGCUUCUCUGCCACCUCCAACGCUAUUCGUCAUCGAUUGA